UCUUCUACUUUAUCCCCCAAUGCUCAUCUCUCUGGGGCUCAUGGUGUCUGUUAAUCUAUCUCUAUUUAUCUUCCUGUAGACAUAGAGAAUAGAGGGAGAAGCAGCGGUGGUCUGUCAUGGUGCGCAGUAGAAGGCGCGGGCGAGGCGGCGGCCGAGGCGGGGCGGCGCAGACUCCGCCAGGAAUCAGUCAGUCCGCCGCAGGUGCAAGGAGAGACGCGAGCCGCUGAUACGCCGCCUCCACGCCCUGCCUCGCCCCGCAGAGAUGGCCACCGAGGCUGAUAACGAGCUGCGGCAGCGUGUCACUGAGCCCUGCGAGAAGCCUGAGCAGGUUGCUCCAAGCUCUGAAAUAGACUCAGAUGAUGACCGCCUUGUUGAGCAAGCCAUUGAACAGAGAACAAAGGAGAUACCUCAAGGGACAGCCCAAGAACCAAGUUUCUUACAUACUCUCCUAUCACCACUGCCACCAAGAUGGAGAAACUGGGUGAUCCGAGGCAUCUUUACUUGGCUCAUGAUUGGCCUUUUCUGCUUGAUUAUAUACAUCGGCCCUCUUGCUCUUAUAUUUACAACAUUGCUGGUUCAAGUGUGGUGCUUCAAGGAAAUAAUCAACAUUGGCUACUCAGUCUAUCGAAUGCAUGGCCUCCCCUGGUUCAGAUCACUUUCUUGGUGGUUUUCAAUCACAAGCAAUUACUUCUUCUAUGGAGAGUCUGUGGCAGAUUACUUCAGUGUCAUUUCUUCAAAAAGUGAUGUGAUGCGCUGGCUGAUUGCCUACCAUCGUUUCACUUCGUUCACCAUGUAUAUAAUUGGAUUUGUGUGGUUUGUUCUGUCUCUGAAGAAGAAGUACUACAUGAGACAGUUUUCUCUCUUUGCAUGGACACAUGUAGCUUUACUCAUUGUUGUGUCACAAAGUUAUUUCAUUAUCUUCAAUAUUUUCCACGGAAUGAUUUGGUUCAUUGUUCCUGUUUCCAUGAUUGUCAUCAAUGAUGUCAUGGCAUACAUGUUUGGUUUCUUCCUUGGCAAGACUCCUUUGAUUCAACUCAGCCCAAAGAAGACCUGGGAAGGCUUUAUUGGAGGAGGCAUUUCUACCAUUUUCCUGGGAAUGCUUCUCUCCUAUGUUUUGUGCCAGUAUCCCUACUUUGUGUGUCCUGUGGAAUACAGUGAAUCAGAAGAUGCUCUCAAGUAUAUCUGCGAUCCUUCUCCAAUCUUCAGGCCCCAAGAAUAUGCUUUGCCUGAAACAUUGGCAAACUUAUCUGCUCUUCUGGGAUGGAGGAAGACCUUGACCAUGUGCCCCUUUGUGUUCCACUCUGUCGCUCUCUCCCUCUUCAGUAGUGUUAUUGGACCAUUUGGUGGAUUCUUUGCUAGUGGCUUCAAGCGGGCCUUUAAGAUUAAGGACUUUGGUGAUGUCAUCCCUGGUCACGGUGGAAUGAUGGAUCGCUUCGACUGCCAGUAUUUGAUGGCCACAUUUGUCACUGUCUAUAUCAACACAUUCAUCUCAGAUACAUCACCGCAGAAACUGCUCCAGAAGGUGUACAUGUUGACACCUGAGCAACAGUUGCAGCUCUACAACAUGCUGCAGGAUUCCCUUAUUGCAAGAGGAAUUUUACAGCCAUAACCUGUUCAGUAGCAAAGUUUUCUUAAUGUAAGUAUUGUCAAUAGUUGAUGUGUUAUAGAUUUUGGAAUCUGGAGAAGUGUGUAUUUAUUUUUAGAUGACAUUGUUAAUCUUUUGUGUUUUACUGAAUUUUGUGUGAAUGAGCCAUAACCGCAAUUUUGUUUUCUGCUUGCAAUGGAAGUUAUUAUUCAUUUAUCUAAAGAUCAACUAGAAUAAACCUAUUUAUUGAUAUAUAUAGAUAUAUUGAAAACUCAUUGAAUAAAUGUCCUAUUUUUAUAAAACAUUGGCUUAGGAAAGUAGCAGUGGUAUUUUAUGUACAUGAACAAAGUAGUAGCUCUGGUACAGUCUCUACUAGGUGAUUAAGAAGAAUGAAGUUUUUACUGACAAUAUAAUGACAACUUUGAAUUUUAUAUCAGGAAGAUGUACGAAGUAGACCUAAGAUUUUUCAUUUACUGCAACACAUUCACUGUGAUUGAUUACGUUCAAUGUUGGAAAUUAAAAUUUAAUCAAUAUUAUCACCAAAUAAGAAAUACUGGCAUACCCAUGUACAAUGCACAUAACUUACUCAUUGCUCUUCUCUAUCCCGCUUAAGAUAUACAGGGAACUGGAUGGAUCAAAUUGUUUGCUUCAGGUUGUCACUAGUAUAGAGAGAUGGGAGGGAGAAGCAUUAGUGCCAUUUCUGAAGCUUGGUAUUUAUAGGGCAUUGUCUAGAGUGACGGCCAGUCAAUGGUACAAUAAGUUAACCAUGUACUGAAAAGCGUAGGUGGAAUUUUUUUAUUUUUUUUUAUUUGUAUUUAUUGUUUUAUGAACUUUUAGAAAUUUCAUGGAGUGAGGCCUUAAAUGCAGUUAAAUAGCAUGAACUUGGUUUUACUAUGGUAAUAGACCAGAUAUUUAUUGAAAAAUAGUAUGCUGUUAUUUUACUGCAUCUUUGUGCUGCGGACAUGAAUUCAACAGACAGUAAAUGCAGUUGGUGUGUAAAUAUAAAAAUACUAGCUCCAAUUCAGUGUACAGUUUUUCAUUGUCAUUCAUCAUACUGUUUCCUGCAUACAGCUUGGUUAUAUUGAGAAGCAUAUGCCUUGGGUUAUUUGUUUAAAACAACAAGAAAAGUUUGAAAAAGUUACUAUUAAUAAAGCAAAUUACUGUAUUUGCCAACGUCGAAGAGACACCCUAUUUUCAAGUGCAGCAUUUUGAAAAAAAUAUAAUAUGUAAUAUCCUGACCUUUACCAAUUUUGCUAUGAUGUUUUGAUGCUUGUUUCCUGCCAUAGUACAUGUUUACUAUGCAUACUGUUGGACCAGUAUCAUAUGGUAAAAUACAUAGUAUAUAAUACACAUGUAUACUAUUCUGCAACAACACCACCAUGUGGAAACUAGAGGUUUGUUUACCUCUGGCGAGUCUUCCUUUGACUAGCAGCGCCUGGCCAGUGACCAAGACCAAGACUUGGUAGAGGAGUGUCUGGUUAAAUCUUAUACUACCAUUGGAAUGUACUGUAUGUAUUACAGAUUUUACUACAUCUUUCUAAUUACCACACAAACAUGACAAACCAAGCAUCACAGUAUGAACAAAUGACACCCUGGAGUCAGCACUUCCCACACCAAGACCAAGACCUAAACGAUAUCAAUGGCUGCUGUGCUUGUUGUCACAGGGCAUUACCAUGGUGGGUAGGGUCUGCUAUACCAUCACAUCCCUUCAACAACAAUAAUGAUAAAUCUUCUCUGUACACUUCCUAUAGGCCUAGGUUACGCCUACAGGUAAUGCCAACAUUUGGCGUCAAAGACGCAUGAUAACUUUUAUUUUUAUUUUGAGAGAGAAAAGUGCAUCUUCGAUGCCGGCAAAUACGGUGUGUAGGUAUUACUAGUACAAAUAAAUCAUCUAACAUGCAGGACAGUACAUAUUUGUGUGUGGAGAGAGAGAGAGAGAGAGGGAAUAUUUUCAGAAGUACAUUUUUGUGAUAUUUUAAGUGGAUUGAUAAUCACAGUCUGGAAAAGUGGCUGUCUUGUUAAGAAAAGACUUACCAUGCACACUAGGGCCAUCCGCCUCUGAUAUACAUCCUGACACAGUGUGUGUGUGUGUGUAUUUACCUAUUUGUAGUCUACCGGGCCCGAGCUAAGCUCUAAUAGUCCCGUCUCCAUGUCUACAUUCAUCCAGCCUUUCCUUCAUUUGUUGGACACUACUCGCCUCCAUCACCUCUUCCCAAAAGCUGUUCCAUAUGUUAACACUCCUAUGUGGAAAACUAUACUUUUUCAAGUCACUCAAACAGGUUCCUUUAUUAAGAAACCUGUUUGAUGUGUAUGUAUGUAUGUGUGUGUAUGUAUGUAUGUAUGUGUACACACACACACACACACACACGUGGUGCAACUGGUUAGAGUGCCGCGCUGCAAGGCUUCAUGGCCAAACAGGCAGCGGUUCGAGCCCCGCUCAGGCCGGAUUCUUUCCGUUAACUAGGAAUGGUUACUGUCCCCCCUUGAGCAAGGGGGAUGGGGUGUGUGGUGUGUGAGGUCCUGGCAGUACCCAGAGAUCGACGAUAAUGAGCAUGCACUUGCUCAUGUCGGGGGGGUACCUGCUGGCGAAAGCAAGUCCAACUCGUGAUCAGGCAGUGGUGAAUUACACACACACACACACACACACACACACACACACACACUGUUGCACCUAUGCAAGAGUAGUUAGUGGAUGAAAGACUGUAGGACUGUGAUUGAGAGGUGGAUGCAUGCUGGGACAUGAGCCAUGAGGUGAUAAAAUAGGUACUAUUUUACUUGAAUCAUAAAGAAUGAAACUGUGGCAAAGCAAAUGUAGAUGAUGAAUGUUUUAGAAAAAAAAGAAAUAUUGCUUAAAAAUACAUGCAAGUACUUGUGUAGUAUCAGUUUCCUCCACCCAGUUCACCUGUAUUAUUAGUGUCUUGUGUAAUGGUUAUUUGUUAAGUAUAGGAUUUCCAUAUGUUGGACUUUUGUUCUGCUUUGAAUUUUUGAUGACUGUUGAGCUCUAUAAUGAAUAUAAAAUUUAUUAACAAAAGUAGAAAAUCAUAAUCUGUUUUGUAUGUUGUGACAAUAUAUUUGAUAAACUAAAGUAUGUAGCUGUUAGACAUUAGAUGCAAUAUAAACUUGUCAGUGGCUAAUGGAAAAAUAUGUAUACUCCAGAUUGUGACAGUAAAUGUUUUUGCAUAUUCAGAAGUAAUACUGAACAAAAUCUAUUUUCGUAAACAUUUAAUUGAACAAAAAAAUGUUAAAAAAGUGCUGUAUAACUUUGUUUGAUUGUCUGGUACUUGAUGAUUCAGCUAAAUUAUGCAAAAUUUUUGAUGCUACAAGACAGUGAACUGCUUAAACCUACACUGGUACUUUAUUAAAUUAUAAUGAUAAUUUACAUUGAACAUCUUGAUUGGGCUCUAGGAAAGACAUACCUCAAGCAUGUUAAUGUCCAACACUUUGAUGGCACCAUGGGCAUAUUUCUUGUUUUUAUAACUGAAGUUUUCAUGUCAUUGUUGACAUGGUUUUGCUUCCUGUAAAGCUAUUAAGACGAAGAAAUAAAAAUACCAUAAUAUAAUUAUGUACUUAAGAACUAUUGUUGCAGGUAUUCAGGGUAAUGCUUUGUUACCAAUAAAUAAAUUAAGUCUUUAAGGACAAUGUAACUGUUCUGAGAAUACAGUAAAGGGAGUGGACUAGAAAUUAGACAAUUAUGACAUUACAAGAGGAGGAUUUAACUUAACUGCAACAGUUUUUUCCCAGUAUGUUUUAAUUUAAUGCAAUUUGAAAUUUCUAGUGUGUUUUGUCAACUAUGUCCUUUUGGACAUUAUCUGAUGAAUACUGUUGCAUUGAUCUCCAAAUAGGUACAGCUGUGUACUAAAAAAAUGUAGGUUUCCAACUGCAGUAUAUAUAUAGUGAGGCUCUGAUUAUUUCUUCUGCAAGUAAUUAUUUAAGAUUUAUUUAAAAGUUUGUCUCUGAAACUGGCAUCGUGUAUGAAUGUUUGUGACAGUGGAUGUACAAAAUUUUAAUGGAGAAUUUAAUUCUGUUGUGUGUGUGAUUUGACCAGAAUUGAAGUUUAAUAUUUGGAAUAGUAUUAAGUUUAGAAUGAUUGUUAUUAUACAGGCGACCCCCACCUUUGAAACAAGUUACUUUCCCAAAAUCAUUCACUAAGUGAAAUCAUGUUGUGUGAACCCAUUAUAAUUGGUUUAAUGGAGUUUGGUUCUAGGAACCUAAUCUUUCCCCAUCCACCUGCAUUAACCCCCUUUUUUAUGAAUGAAUCAAUAGUUGUGUGAUUUAUGAUUUCCUAACCCUUGAUUUACAGCUACAUAUAUGAUUUAACAUGCAACUUGCCAUUAGAAAGGGGUUCACUGUAGUUGGUGAACAGUACCUUGAAGUUAUCAAGGCUAUACUUUAGAGAUUAUUGCUCCUUGGGUUCCAAUAUGUACAGCAUACUACUGAACUGAAUUAUCUUGGCAAUUAUAACACAGUGGUAAGUACAGUACCCUCCCGAGUUUCGCGCUUGCUUCGUUCUGCAGGUAUAGCGCUAAACUCGUGGAUCAUGAAACUUGGGGUAUUGAAAACACUGAAGAAGCGCUUAUUUUCUCCAGGCGAUGGAGAAGCUGACUUUUUUUUCCCACUUUACUCCCUUGUUAUCUCAUAAUAAGUACUGUGUAAAAAGGAAGAAAAUGUGUGGAGAACGGGUCAUUUUGAAGCUGCAGCUGAAGGCGGCUGGCUGCCUUACGAUUGGCUGACAGUUCUGAAAACACGCAUGUGAUUGGCCGAGUCCGAUGACGUCAUCGACGGCUCUCAUCCAAUCAGCGGCCUCUAACGAUGACGAAGCGAUAGCUUUGUGAAUCUGAAGUCAACAUUGAUAGUCAACAUCAUUAGUUCGAAGCUUUUACUGCGAGCCAUUAGUGCGCAUCUCUGUGAAUCUUGCACCAGCGCGUGUGAACACGGUCACCCAACCGCUAGUUUCUUGAGAAUUUUGUACAGAGAUUCAAAGUCGGCUGCAUUUCACGGGAAACUCAUUGAAAUUCUAGUCAGAAACUCAUGUCACCAGCAUGACCAUUAUUUUGUGAGGUCAGUAAGUUGUGGUCACAAGAAGAAGAGGAGCAGCUGAUCAGUUCAGUAGCUAUCCACGUGUUUAUUCCAGUACCACAAUGAGUUCCAUGAAGCUAGAUAAGCUUGGAGUAACCAGGUUGAGCAGGUCUUUGACUUGAGUCUUGUCCAAGCUUUGUCACUGCCUCAUCUUGUCCGGGUCCUCACUGCUAAGUUUUCAUAGCACUAACGGCAUGCUGUAGCACUCUCUCCCUUUGUGUCCGAGCUAACAACUCACAAACCAACAAAUGCUUUCUUUUCAUUAUUUUCUAUUUCUUCAGCAAACACCACAAAGCAAACUCUGCUAUGUCUGGAUUCAUUGUUUGUUUUGCUUUUCACCUGAUAUAUCCCAGAAUCCAACAGUGCUCUGUGUGACCAAACUUGAAGAUAAAUUUGAGGCAGAAAUUUGUCAGGGGAUAAUUUCGGUGGGAAAUUCCCGAGGAGCUAGCUUGUGUGACCGUGUCUUUAAGCUGCUGGUGUCACACUGGGCCUUUUUCCUCCGACCACGUUGGCGAUAGAAGCGACCGGCAACUCCAACUUUUCUGGGUGUGCGUCACACACGGCCAAGGUCAGUUGUCUGUAUUCACAAUGUAAACAGAGCAGUCGUCCUGUAUCGAUUAAAUAGUAAACAAAGCAGCUCUGCCAGUCUACUUUACAAGUCUCUUGGUGGGCCAUUUUCCACUGCUCCUCACUCCUCAGCCACUGCUGUCGUCUGUUUGUUUACAUACAGCCGCACGGUUGCUCGUACCCCCCAAACGUUUUCCAUCUGUAAAGACAAUUGACAACUCGCUCCCGGUUGGAUGCACAGGCAACCGCGGCUGACAGUAGCCCCAACAGUUGGAGGAAAAAGGCCAGUGUGACACCACAUUAAGGAAUCACGCAUGACGCUGACGGUAGAUAGACAUGACCCAUACAUGUUAAUGCAGCGCGAAACUCGGGGAGAUAAUGCGCAAAAGUCGGGAUGGUAAGAAUUUAAGAUUGAGCGUGAAACUCGGGAGGGUACUGUAUAUGCAUAUCUAAACAUAUGUAAUGAUAUGCUGAGAAAUAAAGUGAAUGAAAUAAAUCACCAGAAAAGGAAAAUUUUUAAUUGAGACUAAAACUGCCCAGAGAAAAAUCAGAUAAGCAAAUUUUGGUAUUCAGUAAGUUGAGUGAAAGGUAGUAAAAUGUGAUCUUUGUUAAAGUGAUUUUUGUUGUAUAAAUAUACAUAAAAAGGGGGUCGCCUGUACCAGGAACCAGUCAGGAAUAUCUUUUAAGUUAUUUUCUUUACUAAUGGAACAGCCCUUUAUUAUAUAAGUAAAUGAUCUCAAUAGUAACAUAUCUCAAGAUGUAUCUAGUAUGUACAAAUUGUAACUCCAUUCUUUUGUUUAUUACAUGACACAUUAAGAUGUAGUUAAAAUAAUCUAUAUAUUGCAUUUAGAUCUGUAAUACAUCAGAUUUGCCAGGACACACACACACACACACACACCUGUAUAUCACAACUAGGUAAAUACACACACCAAUACACACAUGCAACAGAGAGAGAGAGAGAGAGAGAGAGAGAGAGAGAGAGAGAGAGAGAGAGAGAGAGAGAGUCCUCACUAAACGUCAUUAAUAGGUUUUUGGAAACUACGACAAAGCAAAACUACAUUUUUUUUUCUAAAGUCUAAUUUAUGUAGACAUUAGUUGCCGGCAGUAACGAAGCAUCUGCCAUUUUUUCUUUGUUGUUGUUCUGGGCACCCAGAUGUAUACUACUAUGCAUUAUUUACAAAAGCAUAUUUCUUUCAAGUAAAGUUCUUAAUGAAAAUAUCAAACUGGUAAUGGAAUUUUGAACCUGCCUAACUACAAGCAGAUGGUCAGAUGGUACGUACAGUAAGACAUUUUUUGUAUUAUUAUUGAACACUACAGAUUUUAAUCCAUAACAGUUUGUAUUUCUUCUCAACAUUCUGAUGAAACUAAGACGUCUGAGUAUUUGCUGUGUGUGUGUGUGUGUGUGUGUGUGUGUGUGUGUGUGUGUGUGUGUGUAAUUCACCACGGCCUGAUCAUAUGUUGGACUCGUAAUCGCCAGCACAUACCCUCCCGACAUGAGCAAGUGCUCUUUAUCAUUGAUCUCUGGGUACUGCCAGGACCUCACACACCCCAUCCCCCUUGCUCAAGGGGGGACAGUAACCACUCCUAGUCAACGGAAAGAAUCUGGCCUCAGCGGGCUCAAACCGCCACCCUGUCAGGCCGUGAAGCCUGUAAGUGCAGCGCUCUUACCAGUUGUGCCACGGGGUGGUGGUGGUGGUGGUGUGUGUGUGUUUGUAUUUACCUAGUUUUGAAAUACAGGAAAAGAGCCGUACUAGGCUCAUGCUGUCCCUUCUCCAUAACGCUUAUUAUCCAGUUUGGCUUUAAAUUCAUGAAUCGUUUUUGCACACACAGUCUCCUCGUCAAGUCCGUUCCAUGUUGUUAUGCUUCUGUAUGGAAAACUGUAUUUUUUGACGUCUCUCUUACAAUCGCUCUUCAAUUUCUUACUAUUCCCUCUUGUCACACUCCUAUCACGUACCACUAAGUCUUCCCUGUCCAAUUUUUCCAAGUGUGUGUGUGUGUGUGUGUGUGUGUGUGCGCACGUAUACACGUGGAUUUGCAUGUGUGUGUAAUAUAAAGAAAAUAUAAAAGAAGUGAAUAAUAUUGUAAAAUACAUUGAGGGAAUAAUCUUGAUAAAAUAGCAAACACUACCAAUCAUAUAAAUGUGAGUAAUGAGAUACUAAGUUGCAGCCCUCACCCACUGGUGACACUAGGGUAGAAGGAGUGCAGUGAGUGUGGGAAGGUAAAAACAAGCUCUCCAUGUUGUGAAUGUCUGGUAUAGGCUUCAGUAUCACUAACCUCACACCCUUGAGUUUAUCAGGUGAUCUUUCCCUAAAUGUCCAUAUCCACAGGCUAGUGCAUGAACGGUUACCUUUAAAUAUUCCUUCCCUGUCCCCUAAUGAUGUGUUAAGUAUACGUACUUUGCUUCUAUCAUUAGAAGUAUUGGUGUAAAUGAGUAUGAAUACUCAAAUCAUUAUUGACAGUUCAUCUAGUUCAUGAGUCACUUGAGUUUUGGAUCCUUGAUCCUUCUUCUGACACACUGAUGUUGCUGUGUAUGUUUGAUGGAUACAAUGAGGCACUUGUGUUUACAUGUCUACUUGAGAACAAGAUUUUCAAACAGAAUUUGCAAUAAAUUUGUACUUUUCUUGCUAAUGGCAUCGGUGUGUCAUUUAAAAUUAGAAAAAUUCCCUGUCAACUUAAGUGUCAAUUAGGGUGUUUAGGCCACCUCUGUUGGUAUUACAUUCCAUUAGUUGAAAAGGAGGCAAGACCUGUGUGUAAGUCAACUUAGUAAUCAUUUACAGCACUGGUGUCUGGUCCUGUGAAUGUCAGGAAAUAAUUUUGAGGAAAUUUGUAAAUGAAGUCAUAUAUUUAGGACAUAUUUAUAUUGUUUUAUCAGUGUUUUAGACUGUUUAGUUUACUGAAAGAUAUUACGAUAAAAUUAUUGUUAAAAAUGUUAAUUUCAGAGAUAUACAUUAGUUUGUGUAGAAGUGAAAUAUUAAUAAAAAUAAGUCAAGGCA